AUGGCCACCCCCAGGAAAAAUUCAGACCACAGAGGGAUACUUUUCUUAGAAGAGGAUGUCGACUGGGGACCAAAGCCCUUCAGAAUUUUCAAUAUUUGGCUAAAGGACAGUCACUUAUUGAGCAUGAUCAAAGAGGAAAUGGAGGAUACCAGUAGAGAAAGUAGAGAUGAUAUACACGGGAUUUUUAAGAGGAUCAAGGCCAUAGUCAAGAAAUGGAACAAGGAAUUCAAUGGCAAUAUCUUUACCAAGAUCAAGGAGGAAGAGGAUAAACUUGCUAGAGAGGAGGAAAGCAGAAACGAUGAACUAAUUGUUACUGCCAUCAAACAAAAAUUAGAAGAUCUACACCUCAUAAAAGAGUCAAUGCUCAAGCAGCAAUCCAGAAUCAAGUGGCUAAAGGAUGGUGAUAAGAACACAAAGUUCUUUCACCAGUCUUUACAUAAGAGAAGAUCCAAGAAUAGCAUUACAAAACUUCAAUGGCAAGGCAGGCUGAUAACCUCUCCCCAGAUGAUUAAAGAAGCAGCACGAGAACACUUCCAAUCCCUAUUUAGCAGCCACAAUGAUAGAAUCGUCUUCAGAAACUCUCAACUAAUCGCCAAGUUGCUGUCUGAGGAGGAUUGUAAACACUUAGAAAGGCCAGUAUCUAAGAAGAACUAG